AGUGUGCGUUGAAGUGUUGUGUCGACCGGGUGUGCGCGCGGGUCGUCUCUCGCUCCCCUCCCUCCACUCCUUUCGGAAUUCCCCCAUAAAAUCAACAGGUGCAUGCGUGCUGAGGAGUGUUAAUGUGAGCGAGCUAUCACGGCCUCGGGAUAAAUGCAUCCAGGCCCCCGACCGAUAAUUGGAUGUUAAGACCACAUCCCCUUAACAGAUGUCAGGUGGAGGGAUGUGACGAGCGAAACGAAAAAUAAUAAAACGACCGAUUAAAGUGAACACUGCAAGACGUGAGAGCUCACCACAGGAGAAGCGAGGCGCGGGCGGAAACGCAUUAAAGGUGGACCAGUUAAUUGUGUGUGUGUGUGUGUGUGUGUGUGUGUUGUGCCGCGGGCAAGCGAGGGAGAGAGAAGGUGUUAUCACGAGAACGAGCCCGUCAGUGUUGUGGACUUUCGCUGCCUGAAGUGAAACCCAGAGGCGGGCGAGCGGGGAGAGCAGCAGGCAGAGGCCGCCGCCCCAGCUCGCCUCGACCACCAUGCGCAUGAGGAGUCGGAGUGUGGCUGCCGCACCUCCCUCCCACGCGGUGACCGUCGGCGGCAGUGGCGCCUCCCGCAGCCUCCUUAACCUUCCCGGCGAGCUCAAGGUUCACUAUUCGGAGGUGGUCAACGUGGCUGAGAAGCUCACCCGCCUGUUCUCCCGCUCCCACUCCUACAACGUACACAAACACCACAAGACGCUUGAUCGCGCUCACAAUAAGAAGCCCUCGCACUCCUGGGUCACGGUACACAACCUCAAGCAGUUGGACGGAGGAAUCUUGGACCCCGAUGACCGCCUCAAUGACGUAGCUGAUGACCGGGAGCAGAUCAUUGCCCUGUAUGAGGAGCAGCCACAUGAGCACCAAGGUGGGGAUGGCACCUCGGCCUCAUCCGACUCUGAGAACCCCUCCCCUGAUAUCUUCCAGGAUGUGGAGCACAAAUUUUCUCCGUUCACCCGCAAUGACAUAGAGAUCACUGGAGAGGAAUUGAGCGGAGCGCCUCCACCCCUCCACGUUCGGCGGGGCAGUGAGCCGGCACUGAACCGUCUGUCUCCCAUCCCCCCUGUGAGUGCCCCCCCAGACCCCACCAAGCGAUGGUCUGCGGCACCCAUCAUUGAGGAUCAGAACCCAGCACUCACCAGCUCAACACCCAUGAAGACUAUACAAGACGGUCACAGCUCCUAUGAGGAUGACAACGUUUUUGUGGUGGAUCCAGGUGAGCGGGGAGAAGGCUCAGGGGAGGAGAAGACCCCCUCCUCAUCUACUUCCUCCCACCACUCUACCGCUGCCGCCUUCAGCCGCUUCACCCGAGACAACAACAGAUGUUCCGUGCAGGUGUUGUCAGAUAACCCCAUAAUGGCACGCUGGGCUGAUGCAGCUGAUAACGUGCUGGCAGGGAGUGAGGGGCGGAGGAGAGAGCCACUGGGAGGAUCAUCCUCCUCUCCACUCCACUUUAGAGACUCUUCUCAUGAGGACACCAACACGAUACUUGUGGUGUUAAGCAAUGACCGCGGUCCCCUGGGGAUCCACGUGAUUCCCAGCACGGAUGGGCGGGGCCAUGACCAGGGCUUGCUGGUGGAGGGGGUGGAACCUGCAGGCAGGAUAGCCAGGGAUGGCAGGAUACAGGUCCAUGAUAGAAUAAUAGAAAUCAAUGGAAGAUCUCUGAACAAUGUAACAUUUCAAAAAGCGCAAGAAAUUUUUAAGGAUGCCAUGCAGACACCUGAACUGAGGUUGCAGGUGGUGAAGGGCCGGGGGAGCAAUCACCAGCGGCAAGGCUCCUGCACUGAGCUGGUGGAGGGCGAGGAGAGGACAGUAGGGGGGGCCAAAGUGGCAAGUGUGACGGCCACAAGGAAGGUUGGGAGUAUGUCACUCUCAUCUCGGACUCAGGCAGUCAUCCUCCAAAGCAACACUCGUAAGCUGGGCCGGCGGGUGACAGUAAAUCUCACCAAGGGACCACACGGGCUUGGCUUUUCUAUCACCACUCGGGACAACCCAGCUGGUGGAGAGGCACCAAUCUAUAUCAAGAAUAUAUUACCUAAGGGAGCUGCCAUAGAGGAUGGAACCCUUCGCAUUGGUGACCGUCUCCUGGAGGUCAAUGGAGUUGCUGUGACAGGUAACAGCCAGUCUGAAGUAGCAGGACUCCUUCGGCAGAUUCCAAUAGGUGGCACAGCAACUCUCAUUGUGUCACGACAAGACCAGCGUGGCAAUGAGGCAGCACCUGUAGACUCUGUAGCAGAUGAGGACAAAAGCUCCAGCCCUCAACUCCCUAGACAGCUGCCCUUAGAAAAGUCUGCUGAUGACAGCCUCAUGUUCCCUUGGAAGCAGAGAGAAAUUCUCAUGUUUGAGAUUCCUGUUCAUGAUUCAGAAAGAGCAGGACUAGGAGUGAGUGUGAAAGGGAAAACUAGCUCAGGUCCAAAUGGUUCAGUUGACUUGGGAAUAUUUGUGAAGAAUGUGAUCCACGGUGGGGCGGCCUCCAGGGACGGCCGUCUCCUUCAGAAUGACCAGCUGGUGAACAUCAAUGGUCUCUCCCUCCUUGGGAAGCCCAACAGUGAGGCCAUGAAGACCCUGCGCACUGCCAUGCAUCAGGAGGGUCCAACUCCCGGCAUGAUCUCCCUCACUGUUGCCAGAAGAAUAGACCACAGCAAGGAACGGUCAAGUCCCUCCUCAGCUAACAGGUCAGGCCGGGAGUCUGCCAACAGCCUCCUUACCAACUCAUCAGGCACAGAGACUCUGGGAGGAGCUAAGUCUGCUCCAACCACCCCAACCCCAGACCACCUGGGCUCCACUGAUGCCUCUGAUGCCACUACAACGUUUCAUUCCAACAAGAAUGAUGACCGGCUGCCCACAGAGAGAGAAUUUGUUAAUGACACCUUUGAUGUACGUAACCCAGUGAUCCAGCGACUGACCAAUAACAAUGGGGCUCUGCGGAAUGAAAGCUACUAUAAGGCCACACACGACACCUGGAACACCUCCCAGCUGCAGCAGCUUGUGAUGCGUGUGGACCGGGAGUCCCUGGCACCAGCUGUGGGUGGCACCAGCACCCUGGGCUCCCCAACUGUUAACCUGCCAUCCAGGGACACCCUCAUCAUCCAUGACGACACAGGCACCCACCUCUCAGGACAAAUGAGUGGACAUGAUGGUCCUGGGGCCUCUGCAGGAAGCUUCAGUGACCAUCCCAGCCAGUCUGAUGAUGCCUACACCAGCCAAACUUCCUUGGAGGAGAAUGUGGCAGGGUUCUCAAGGGAUCAGUUUGGCCGGCAGAGCAUGUCAGAGAAGCGUCAUGCUACACUGGAUGCUAAGAACACUGAUACUUACCAGCGCAAUAAAAAAGCAAGGGAAGAAAGAGAGAAACAGAAGCAGAUAAUGUUGGCGCAGGAGAAGUUGGCAGCCACGCAGGGCCUUGGGGCAGCUGGGAUGGCAGGUGGCCCUGAGGAAGAGGUGAAGCCAGGUUUAAGGGAGGUGGGCAUUGAUGUACCACCAACUGACCCUCCUCCUGGGCCCCCCCACCCCUCACAUCCCCUGCCAGGUGCCAGGCCUGCCCCAAACACUUCACGCUGGGGCAGGACUAAGCAAAAUACAUUACCAUCCAAGUCCAAAGAUGAAAAUAAGCCUCCCAAAAAUAAGUCAGACCAAAUGUCAAGCUCAAGUGUGGGCACAAAGCUGUCAGCCAAGCAGCAGUUUAUUCAAGGCCUUCGUGGGCCAGGGCUGAGAAGAGGGAGUGAGCCAGUGGGGGCUACCCUGCGGAGGGGUCAGUCUGGGCACCCCCGAGGUCCCUUCAGCCCAGUGAGCCGCAGCCUUGAGAGGCAUUUCAAUAAAGGACACCAGCGAACAACUUUUGGACAGGAUCUUUCCAACAUGAUUUCCAACUGGGCUUCCCGUAACCGAGAAUUGUUGGGCCGGGAGGCCUUGGCAGCAACCGGGAAGAUGGUCCGAGCAUCGUCAGAUGAGUCACUUGCCUCUCAGCCCCACCAGCGCACCACUCAUGCUCACCAACCCUCCUCCCCGCAUGAGCACGUAGCAUCACAGGAUGCUUUAAGGUCAAGGCUAGACUUUGGUCCUGGUCUGGGCAUGAAGAAGUCUUCCAGCUUAGAAUCUCUACAGACAAUGGUGCAAGAGAUGACCAUGGAGGAGGAGGGUCACCGGAUGGGAUCAGGUCGGGUACCAAGAGGCCGGGGGUGCAAUGAGAGCUUCCGUGCAGCUGUUGACCGAUCUUAUGACGUCCCACUCAAUGGACUGCGCAGCAAAAUGGAGACCUUGGCUGAAGAGGAGUCGGAAUCCAGUGGGUCUGGAUUUGGCCGAGGCAACAGUCGCCAGUCAUCUGUCAACUCUGCUGCCGAGGACAAGCACAAGAAAAUUGGGAAAAAGAAGGCGGGUUUGCUCAAAGGUCUUGGCUCCAUGUUCAGGUUUGGAAAGCAUCGUAAGAGUGUAGAUAAUACAAAUAGUGGACCUGGCAGAGGGGAUGGGGAGAGAGAGGGGCGAGGGGAAAUGGACCGGGCAGAGGUGGAACGGCUGGCAGCAGUGCGGCGGCUGCAGCAGGAGGAACACGACCACAUGCAGGAACAGUACAGGCGCCUCAUUGAGAACACCGCACGGACCUCACAGCAGCAGCAGGCAAGAGGGGAGGAUGGGGAGCCAUCUCGUUCAGAAAGAAUGCACCAGUUAAGGGCAGAGCAUCAGCGUCGCCACGCCCAGCGGAACAGAACCUACCCAACAGAUGACAUGGAGGAGCACUAUGAGAGUGCAAUCAGACAGAUGCUGGAUGAAAGAGGACACUUGGAGGCUGACAGGGCAAACAAUAACACUCUUAAUUCUUCAGACAUCAAGCCGCAACGCCUUGAGCCAGUACCCAGCGAGCCACGAUCUGAAGUGCGACACGUGCGCUCUCACAGCUAUGACCUCUAUGGAGAUGGUGCAAGCAGGGCAGGUGAGGCAGCAGGCAGACCUGGGAGCCGCACUGCCUAUGCUGAUCCUCACACAUAUUCUCAUUAUGUAAACUAUGAACAAAUUCAGCAGCAUUUACGCAAAAACAAGGAGCAGGAAAGGCUAAAGAAAUUAGCUAGUCAGCAGUACCAAGAUUUUCGGGAUAAACAGACUAGGCGACAGCUGGACGGGGCGCCCACCAUGCUCCUGCACAAGCUGGAGGAGACCUUUAUUCACGAGUCAAUUCUUGCAAGCCGGGAGGCAAGAGAAUACCAAAGCCAACGUGGGCCUCGGGACUCUGGGAGAGAAGGUCACCAUCGUCCAGUGAGCAACUAUUAUGAGUAUGAGAGUGUGCAAGCUAUGAUCUCCCAUGCUCAAGACAACAGUAGCACUUCCCUCCCCAGGCGACACCAGCCACCACCACCACCUGGUCCACCUCCACCUGCAAAAAACAGUGAAGGCAUUGGCAGCCUACAUCCAGGAGCCUCCCAGCCACAUCAUCUAACCAUGUACAAGCCAAAUGUCCACUCCAGUCAGUCCGGGCGUAGUGGCCUGCCAGGAGCCAGCCACGGGCAGCCUAGCUCAUACCACAGUCAGGGAGAGCGAGACUCCCACCGAGUCGAGGGGGUGUAUUCAUCAGGCUUCCGGCCAGCCAGUCACUACACUGGACCACACCACAAUCCCCCACCUCCCCCUCCUCAUCAUAGCACUAAAAUAACUGUGCCUGGCUCAAAGGUAUGAUAAAAACUGCAAAAUGUAUAAUUACUGUAAAAUAUUUGUAAAGUCGUAGUUUUAAUCCAGAAAGGAACACAUUAAUUAAUUUAUUGAAAAUCAAAAUGUUACUUGUGUAUAAGUGAUUGUUAAUAUAUGGAGAUUAGGCUGGAGGAUAAAGGAUUAUGAGUGACUGUAUAAAUAAAUGAGCAUUGAGUGAGAGAAUGGUUUGGCUACUGCUGUGUGAUGUACAAAUGGAAUGUUGUCCCCAGCCAGCCCUGUGUCACAGACAAAUGCAACAUUCCACAACUUUUAAUAGUUUUAUGGUUGUAGUUUAAGAGACCAACUCCUUCUUCUUGCCUUUAACACACAUGCCCCAGCCAAAGGGAGGUAAUACACUGUUCAUCAGGUUGUGGCAGCUGCUGAGGUUUUGUAUUUGUUAAAAGAUGGCUGUGCAGGGUGUCUGGAAAGCCAGUCACCACCUCAGGCUGCCUCAGCACUGGGUACUCAUGGGUUGCAGAUCCUUCAUGUGCUCCUGAAGUUGGUGCCUUAUGUCAGUGAUGUGGAUGAGAUUGAGUGCCAUCCAUAACGUUGCCUUGUGAGCAAUAGGUUGUUCAUCAAUAAAGUUUUAAUUGUGAUGCUGCAGACUCUUGUGACAUAUUUUAAUAUACAUAUAUAGAUUUUAUAUAGAAUUCAUAUUUGAAUACAUGUACAUUAAUUUAGUGAAAUUUACAAUGAAUGCAUUUUAUACUGAAUUUUAUGAUAUACUUUAUUGCUUUAGCUUUUAAUAAAUAAUUUCUUAGCAAUUUCUGGAAUGAUAAAAUGGACCAAUACUUGAGUGUGCCAAACUGGCCGGUGGUACAUGUCUGUGUGUUGGCAGUGUCCUCUGUACAGUAUUUUGUAAAGGACCAUUGUAUAAAUUAUUUGUAUGACUGCUUUUAAAGAUUUUUAUACGGUGUGGAAGAAGUGAAGCAGCUUUAGUCCCUCAUGUUGCAGCUGUCAGCCUCUGCAGGAUGCUGGAACUUUUCCAUGCUUCCAGAGAAGAAUAAAGGAAAUAUGUGAAA